AUGCAUCAUUUGCAUCCUUUCAUAAGACAAUCCUUAGAUACAGUGAACCAAUAUUUUGAUGAUUUAAUAUUGAAGGAUCAAGAUGUUUUGAAAGAUGAAAGUUGUUGGAACAAAGUUUUAGGGUGUAUUCCUAAUGAGGAAACUUGUGAUGACUUCAAUCCAUUAAAUGUCCCAACAAUCAAAUCACUCAAAGAGCUGGAUAGAUUUGGUAAGGAAAAAUCCAUGAUUGUAGAUACAGUGAACCAAUAUUUUGAUGAUUUAAUAUUGAAGGAUCAAGAUGUUUUGAAAGAUGAAAGUUGUUGGAACAAAGUUUUAGGGUGUAUUCCUAAUGAGGAAACUUGUGAUGACUUCAAUCCAUUAAAUGUCCCAACAAUCAAAUCACUCAAAGAGCUGGAUAGAUUUGGUAAGGAAAAAUCCAUGAUUGUAGGUUAUGAGAAAAUAUCAUUAAAUUCACAUAUAGAAUAUUUUGAACAUUUUGUUCAAAAUAUAGAAGCUGGAAAAAGAGAUAAAUUAACAAAAAAAACCAAAGAAGCAGAAAACUAUAGCCAAGUCUAUCUUGAGUAUGAAAAGUUCAUGAUUGAUUACAAGUUUUAUCUACCAUCAUUAUCAAGUGCAGCAAUUAAUAUCGAUUUAAUAGUAGCCUCUUAUAUUCUUAACAAUAAAAAGUUAAUAGAAAAGUGUUUUUAUGAUCACCCAUUAUUAAGUUAUGUUCUAGAUUUAACAAACUAUCAAAACAGUUUGGCUUUAUAUAUAAAAUCUCCAGGACCAAAUGACACUUUACCACUCAACUAUGUUAGAAAUAUAUUCCCUGGUGUUUCUGGUGAAUCCAUUAUUUCAAAACUCAAAAAAGUUCUAGAAUUAUGUUCGAGUUUAGAUGAUUGCCAAAAAACUACAAUUAAAGAUUAUUUGUUAGAAUUACAAAGUUCAAAAUUAGUUAAAUCAAUAAGUGAUGAGUUUAAUCCAAUCAUUGAUUACUUGUAUGAUCAAUUUGACAUAAUAUGGAAGAAAGGUCGAUAUAACAAUCUAGUUGAACCUAACAGUUCAAUUGAUGAAGGACUUUGGGUUGCUGAACCUGUUCAUAUCAUUAUGACAGCAACAACGAACUAUUUGGAUCAGGUUUUUCCACAAUGGUCAGCAAAAGUUUGUGAUGCAACAAAAUUUUCUGUGAUUCAUAAUUUCAAUUAUGAUGCAUAUAUGAAAGGAAUCUCACCUGAUGAGCAUAAAAUUUCACAAAAAAAGCCAGAUAUAUGGGCGACCAUCAACAUUGAUGGCAUUUCAUAUAUUGUAUGGUGA